AUGGCGCCGGAGCCGGCGCCCCCUCCAGGGGACAAGAUAAGGAAGCUUGAGCUAACUGGGUUAGAGCUCCAAGCUCGAGAGGAGAAGCUUCUGGAUAUGUGGGCGAGGAAGCUCCGAGAAGAGCUUCAAGCUAGCUCGGCGCCUGUCUUGAUAAAGCUGGAGGGCAGCCUGAUCCAGCCCGGGACCCGCUCCGGAAGGCCGGUGGACCUGGUAGACCAUUUGCUAAUCCGCAAGAACGUGCAGGCUACAGAAGGUCGCGUUGCGUGGGCGACCACAGAUAAAAUCGUCGAGAUGCUCUCAGAGGGGGCCCCGCUCACCAAGCGGGCUGUGCCUCCGGAUAUGGGCCUGGGUCAAGCUAGCGAAGUCCUGGGCUUCGCUACGCUGGUCGGAUGUCCAGGCGAUCAAGCCAGAGGAGCUACGCCUCGAGGAGGGGCGCCUGGCUACGAUACUUCGCAGGACGAAGACUUCGGGGCCAAACCGGAGGAUAAAAGAGCCACCGCUGUGCGUCAGCGAGAUGGCCUUCUUCGAGGACCAAGCCUGGAUAAAGACAGGCUUGACUUGAUAAAGGAGAAGGCUCCUUUUAAGAGGGAUUACCUUCUCCCACGCAUGAGACCGGAUAUGGCUAGCUUCGAGAAGAAGAUGGCCGGCCAUGGAGAUGCAGUGGUGGCAACAGCGGCCGUCUUGUCCAAGAUAGGAUUGCCGUCCAGUGUCCAAGGAUAUUGGACAGAGCACUCCGAGAGAGCGGUUCUGCCUACAGCGCUGGCGAUAUUGGGGGUCACGGACUCCGAGAAGGAUAUCUUGGGUAGGUGGAAACUCGGAUACCUACGUCCGGACGACCGACACACAUCCCUGGACGAGAGAGAGAUUGCGGCCAACUUGAUAGACUGGCUGCAGGAUAGGCGUAAGCUGGGAGAUGAGGCGGCUAGGGCGAUAGUAGAACCCUUGGCCUUUAACUGGAAGCACGGCAUGAUACGUGCUGAUGUUGUGCCUUUGAUAACGGGCGAGUCGGAGCCGAUCCCUGAGGAAGAG